AUGUAUCCAUCAUCAUCUUCUUCUUCUUUGUCAUCGUCGUCACCGCCUCUUGAAGCCUUAAAGCCAGAAGAAAGAGGGUUACAUCUAAUCCAACUCCUCAUCAAGUGUGCUAACCACACAGCAUCCGGCGACCUCAAUCUAGCUGAUGAAUGUCUUUGCCAAAUCUCACGACUUGCGUCCUUGCAUGGUGAUUCCAUGCAAAGGCUCGCGGCCCAGUUUGCCUCUGCUCUCGCGGUCCGUCUUGUCAAGAAUUGGCCUGGCAUCCAGAAGGCCCUAAACUAUGACACCAAACGGCCCAAACUAGAGUUGGACCCGGCUCGUGUCAUCUUCACAAAGGCCUUCCCUUAUCUCGGUUUUGCCUAUGCCAUCAUCGCCCGAACCUUGCUCCAAGCCAUGUCUGCCGAGCGAGUAAUCCACAUUGUGGACUUGGGUUCCGCCGACCCAAAACUAUGGGCUCCACUUUUGCAGAGCUUCGCAGCUUUGCCAGAUGGGCCUCCCCAUUUGAAAAUUACUUGUGUACAUAGCAAUAAAGCUGUCUUGGAGAAGUUGGGUCUAAAGCUUGUAAAAGAGGCAGAGGCCUUAGACAUGCCAUUCCAAUACAACCCACUAAAUGUUAGCCUGAGAGAGUUGACAAAAGACAUGCUUAAGGUAAGGUUAGGAGAAGCAUUGGGUUUUGUCUCAAUUCUCAAUCUACAUGUCUUGUUGGCCCAAGAUGACCAAGCGGACGCACAAUUUAGGCCCAAAAAGAGCAAUAUUGAUGUCAAGGAUUGUAAGCAAAUGGGUGAGUUUUUAGGCAUGGUAAGGUCAAUGUACCCAAAAGUGGUGUUGUUGGUAGAACAAGAAGCUCACCAUAAUUCGAACCAUUUGGUGGACAGAUUCAUUGAGGGCUUGCACUAUUAUAGCGCAAUGUUUGAUUCAUUAGAGGCCAGCUUUGGGGGCUUGUCUUCAUCAAGUGAAGAACGCUUCGUUUUGGAGGAGAUGUUUGGGAGAGAGAUUGAAAACAUUGUGGCUUGGGAGGGUGUGGAGAGAGAAGAGAGGCAUGAGAGAUAUGCAUGGUGGAUGGUUAGGUUUUGUGAAGUUGGGUUCAAACCUGUGCGCUUGUGGUUGGAUUCUAUGGAGGAUUCAAAGAAGGGUUACAAGAUUAUUAGCCAGAGAACAAGUUUGAUGAUUUGUUGGAACGAAAGGCCUCUCUAUGCUGUUUCUGCUUGGACUUGUUAG